AUGGAAGAGCCUCUUUCCCAACAAAUAGAAAGAAAAGAAACGCCUAACAAUGAAGAAUUGAGGAUCCCUCCAACAGAAACUGAACAAUCUAUCCCUGAGCCUCGCUUUAGUUCAUUUCUUCGUGAAACCCAGGAUUUUGAAAGUGUUAGGAUUAGUUUGGCUUCUGAAAAAGAUUUAGAUGAUGUUUUUGCACUAAAAAGAAUGGGCUAUUUCAUAAGGUCAAGAAAUUCCACAUCAGAGAGAUCAGACUCAACAGCUAACUUGCCUUCAUCAUUUUAUACAUCUCAAAGGCCGACUCGUCCAGAGUCUUAUGCACUAGGAACUUCUGAAACCAACUCAAUGCUCCACAUGAGGACCCAAACCACUUUUAGUCCAGAGCAGUUGAAAUUGAUCGCAAAUAAAACGGCAAAAUUCUCAUCUGAAGACUUAUCGCAGUCAAAAAAAGCUGACCCGACAGCUAUGAUUCUAAGUCAAUUAAUUUUGAAAAAAGAAAGACAAGAAAGUCUUAAGAAUUACUGUGAGUCAGUAAAAUCGCAAAUCAAAGAAAAUUUGCGGAUAAAUAUAGCUGAUUUACAAAGCAAAAGAAAUUCCCUUGUUGCAAAACUUGAUCUUUAUUUAGAAGAAGCCAUUAAUAUAGCUAAGCAAGCUGAGGCAAAAAAGCAAGCAGAAUUAAAUAAAAAGCAAAGUGAGCUGGAAAUAUAUAAUCAGGAAAUUGACAGUUUAAUAGCAAGACUUAAGAAUUGGAAUGAGAGUGAUGAAAGGGGAACUAGCCAAGCUAUAAAAGACGCAAAUAAAUAUUUGAAAGAAAACAUUGACGAGAAAUUUAUUCAUAGAAAUUGGAUAUGGGACAGCCCAGUUGAGUUUGAUUAUGAAGUAAUCAAAAAAGAAUCAAAUAAUUUGAUUUUGUUCACUGAAAAGAAAAGCCAUAGACAUAAAAGCACAAAUUUUAUGCCAAGUAGGCAUGAAGGAAGUAAAGUAUUUGGGACUCCUGAAAACUUCAGAAAAGAAGAAUGCUCAGAGUCAAAAUGCAAACAUUGUGUAAGGAAACACUCAAGAGGUGAUGCAGGGAAAAGUGAGUAUCCGAAGAAAAUGCUUCCUACAAAGUUCUUGGAUUUUGACAAUGAGGCUACAAGGGAUAGCAUGAUGUCAAUUGGGCAUUUAAAUACAAGCAGCGUGUUUGAUCUAAGACUGUAA